AACUGAUAGAGAUCCACGUCUGCUUCCUGAGAUCUGGAAUAAAGCUUUUUGCCCCAUCAUGCCGGGAACAGUCCUAACACUCUUAAGACACUUAAAGUUCAGGUGGGGUGAGAAGAAGCACUUGCAUCUAGGGACUCAGUCAUUGAGGACUUGCUCCCCAGUCUUUGUAGCUCUGCUUAUCGGGCUUCACUUUCAUUCCCAUCUAUGAAUUUUGUAUCAACUGAGACUAUAAUAUCCUCAUAGGAUAGACUAGAAAGUUCAGUGGUUGGACCAAGGUUCUGUGGUCCAAUAGGGAAGCAACCGAACUUUCAAGACCCUCCUAAAUCCUUUUUAUGAAUCCAGGCCACUGUGGAGGGUCGGGUAGCCAUGCAGAGAAGCUUAAAAGGGAGAGAUGAGGUCAGCUAUAGGAAGUUGUGGCUUAAAAGGUGAGACUUGGGAGGUACCAAGUCAGGCUAGAACCAGGGAGCAUAGUGAGCCAUCCGUGUGACUAGUGUUUUCCAAGUUCCAGAACCCCAGUCUGACAGGUGGGGGCUGCAGCUGGGUAGGGGAUUCGAGGACUCAGCCCUAGUUCAGGUGAGCUAAUCCAGCCAGAAGCGUGGAAGUUCUCAGGCCGUGCUGGAGUGAUUUAGGGUGCCUUUGGCUCUGAAACUGUCGACCCAGAUUGGCUUGGUGCCCGGCUACGGGCCGGGCCUUUAGCGGGGGUGGAAGAGGAGGGUGCCGCGCCCUGCCCAGCCCAGGUGUCGUCUCCGGGGGCGGGGUUUGGGAACCGGGCAGCUGGGGAGAUUCCCGGCUGCACUGGUGGGAGGGUGGCCGUCGAGGGACCGGAGCCCAAGCCCGCGGGAGACUGAUGCCAGGAGCGCAGGGAGCACACUGAGCAAGGGGCUGCAAGCAUGUUCUCUCGAAACCAUCGGAGCCGGGUCACAGUGGCCAGGGGCUCCGCCCUGGAGAUGGAAUUCAAACGCGGCCGUUUCCGACUUAGUGUCUUCAGCGACCCGCCGGAGGACACGGAGUUACAGAGGAAACUAGACCAUGAGAUCCGGAUGAGGGAAGGGGCCUGCAAGCUGCUGGCGGCCUGCUCCCAGCGAGAGCAGGCUCUGGAGGCCACCAAGAGCCUGCUGCUGUGCAACAGCCGGAUUCUCAGCUACAUGGGCGAACUGCAGAGGCGCAAGGAGGCCCAGGUGCUGGAGAAGACAGGCAGGCGACCUUCCGACAGUGUGCCGCCCCCUGAGCGUUCCCCUUGCCGUGGCCGGGUCUGCAUCUCUGACCUCCGGAUCCCACUCAUGUGGAAGGACACGGAGUAUUUCAAGAACAAAGGCGACCUGCACCGCUGGGCUGUGUUCCUGCUGCUGCAACUCGGGGAACAGAUUCAGGACACAGAGAUGGUCCUGGUGGACAGGACGCUCACAGACAUCUCUUUUCAGAACAAUGUGCUCUUUGCUGAGGCAGGGCCGGACUUUGAACUGCGGCUGGAGCUGUAUGGGGCCUGUGUGGAAGAAGAGGGAGCCCUGGCUGGUGCCCCCAAGAGGCUUGCCACCAAACUCAGCAGCUCACUGGGCCGUUCCUCGGGGAAGCGUGUCAGGGCAUCGCUGGACAGUGCUGGAGGCUCCGGGAACAGUCCCAUCCUGCUGCCUACCCCAGCUGUGGGGGGUCCUCGGUACCACCUCUUGGCCCACACCACUCUCACCUUAGCAGACGUGCAAGAUGGAUUCCGUACACAUGACCUCACCCUCGCCGGUCAUGAGGAGAACCCUGACUGGCUGCCCCUUUAUGGUAGCGUGUGUUGCCGCCUGGCAGCCCAGCCUCUCUGCAUGACUCAGCCCACUGCAGGUGGUACCCUCAGGGUGCAGCAAGCUGGGGAGCUACAGAAUGGGACACUCGUGCACGGAGUACUGAAAGGCACAAACCUCUUCUGUUAUGGGAGAUCCGAAGAUGCAGACACCGGGCAAGAACCACGGUUUACUGUCGCCAUCAACAAGGAGACUAGGGUCCGGGCAGGGGAGCUGGAGCAAGCCAGGGAAUGGCCUUUCACCCUCAGCAUCAGCAACCGCUAUGGAGAUGACGAGGUGACCAACACCCUCCGGGUGGAGAGCAGAGAAGCCCUGCAGAACUGGAUGGAGGCGCUGUGGCAGCUCUUCUUUGACAUGAGCCAGUGGAAGCAUUGCUGUGAUGAAGUCAUGAAAAUCGAAGCUCCUGCACCCCGGAAACCCCCACAAGCACUGGCCAAGCAGGGGUCCUUAUACCAUGAGAUGGCUAUUGAGCCACUAGACGACAUCGCCGCUGUGACCGACAUCCUGGCCCAGCGCGAGGGCACAAAGCUGGAGCCGCCCCCACCCUGGCUAGCAAUGUUUACAGACCAGCCUGCCUUGCCUAGCUCCUGUGCGCCUGCCUCAGUGGCCCCAGUCCCAACCUGGAUGCAACCCCUGCCCUGGGGGCGACCCCGAACCUUUUCCCUGGAUGCUGCACCGCCAGAUUACUCCCUUGGGGCUUCUCGCUCGGUUGCACCCCUCCCCCCGCAGCGAUCCCCACAAUCCAGAGGCUUCUACAGCAAAAGUCAGCUCCGCACAUGGCUCCAGUCCCCAGUGUGAGAGGCACCAGCAACAGGAUCUGGCCAAGAAAGAAAACGACCCAAGGGCAACUGGGUUCUAGGUCCAGCAUUGUAGGGCGCUGGGCUUCUCUUCCUCCACUGGACUAGGAAGGAAAGCUGGGGAGGGGUAACAGAAGCCCCUCUUAAGUUGUGGUUACCAUGGUACUGAGGAGGCCAUUUCUGGAGCUGGUUGGGAUCCAGCUCUUUACCUGGGAGAAAACUGGAAGAACCCUACCCUGCCUCCCUGCACUAACCAGCCUCGAGGGUGGGCGGCACUAGGGAGCAGGGGGGAAGGCACCUCCCUGGGACUCCUACCCCGACCAUUAAAGUUAUUUAACAGCU